CACACACAUACACACACACGCACACACACACGCUCACACACAUACACGCUCGCUCGCGCGCGCACACACACAUAUACACACACACACACACGCACAUACACCAAAACACACUCACGCACACAAGCACAGGAGCCCCGGGAACCGCGCACCAGCAUCCGGUGCCAUUUCUCUGGCAGACACAGGCGCUCACGAGUCUCUUGGUGCCAGGCUGCAGGACAGCGACUCCCCGAAAUCAAGCCUGCCCUUGGACAGCUUUUUCUGCUCUCCAGACAGCUCCUCUGAGGCCUCUGCCACCAUCACCUGGAUCCGACCCUUUCUCGACCUAGGAAGGUGGAAACAGUAAGAGGUGCUGGGUCAAGAAGCACCAGAGGUACCUUGAGAGUACUGGGAUCAGAUCCAGGAUCCCUAAGAAUUUCUCACCUUGAAUCAAGGAUUUAUAUGAUAGUCUUCUCAGAUUUACUUCACUAAAAAAAAAAAAAAAAAAAAAAAAAAAAUUAAAAAUAUAUUUUCUUCAAAGGUGUCUUUAAAAAGAAUACUUUCCAAUGCCUAAGAAUAGCAAAGUGGUAAAAAGAGAUUUAGACGAUGAGGUCAUUGAGUCUGUCAAGGACCUUCUGUCCAAUGAAGAUUCACCUGAAGAUGCUUUUAAGAAGAGUGAACUGAUUGUCGAUGUUCAAGAAGAGAAAGAUACAGAUGCUGAAGAUGGAUCGGAAACUGAUGAUGAAAGGCCAGCUUGGAACAGCAAACUGCAAUACAUUCUGGCUCAAGUUGGAUUUUCUGUAGGUCUGGGAAAUGUGUGGCGAUUCCCAUACCUAUGUCAGAAGAACGGAGGUGGUGCAUAUCUUUUACCAUAUUUAAUACUACUUCUGGUAAUAGGAAUUCCCCUCUUUUUCCUGGAACUUUCGGUGGGUCAAAGAAUUCGGAGAGGCAGCAUCGGAGUUUGGAAUUACAUAAGCCCUAAACUGGGCGGGAUUGGAUUCGCUAGCUGUGUAGUGUGCUAUUUUGUGGCUCUUUACUACAAUGUCAUCAUUGGCUGGACGUUGUUUUACUUUUCUCAGUCUUUUCAACAACCUCUUCCUUGGGAUCAGUGCCCCCUGGUGAAAAACGCAUCGCACACUUAUAUUGAGCCUGAAUGUGAAAAAAGUUCGGCCACUACCUAUUACUGGUACAGGGAAGCCCUGGAUAUCACCAGCUCCAUCUCUGAAAGUGGCGGCUUGAACUGGAAGAUGACUGUCUGCCUGCUGGCUGCCUGGGUCAUGGUUUGUCUGGCCAUGAUCAAAGGCAUUCAGUCUUCUGGAAAAAUCAUGUAUUUUAGUUCUCUGUUCCCUUACGUGGUACUUGUAUGCUUCCUAAUCAGAUCCCUGCUAUUAAAUGGUUCAAUUGAUGGCAUCCGACACAUGUUCACCCCUAAGCUGGAAAUGAUGCUGGAGCCCAAGGUGUGGAGAGAGGCAGCCACUCAGGUCUUCUUUGCCUUAGGUCUGGGAUUUGGUGGAGUCAUUGCCUUUUCGAGUUAUAACAAGAGAGACAACAACUGCCACUUUGACGCCGUCCUCGUGUCCUUCAUCAAUUUUAUCACUUCUGUCCUGGCCACACUGGUGGUGUUCGCAGUGCUGGGGUUCAAAGCCAAUAUCGUAAAUGAAAAAUGCAUUUCACAAAAUUCCGAGAUGAUCUUGAAAUUUUUGAAAAUGGGAAACAUUAGCCGGGAUGUCAUUCCCCAUCACAUUAACCUUUCAGCUGUCACUGUGGAAGAUUAUCAUUUAGUUUAUGACAUCAUUCAAAAAGUGAAGGAAGAGGAGUUUGCUGUUCUUCAUCUCAACUCCUGUCAGAUCGAGGAUGAGCUAAAUAAAGCUGUGCAGGGCACUGGAUUGGCUUUCAUUGCCUUUACAGAAGCCAUGACUCAUUUCCCGGCAUCUCCCUUCUGGUCAGUGAUGUUUUUCCUCAUGCUGAUAAAUCUCGGGCUUGGCAGCAUGUUUGGAACCAUUGAAGGGAUCAUCACACCUAUCGUGGACACGUUCAAAGUGAGGAAGGAAAUACUCACUGUUAUCUGUUGCCUCCUAGCAUUUUGUAUCGGCCUGAUAUUUGUGCAGCGCUCUGGAAAUUACUUUGUCACAAUGUUUGAUGAUUAUUCUGCUACAUUGCCUCUGCUAAUUGUGGUCAUCUUGGAGAAUAUUGCUGUAAGCUUUGUUUAUGGCAUAGAUAAGUUUAUAGAAGACCUAACGGAUAUGUUAGGCUUUGCGCCAAGCAGAUAUUACUAUUACACGUGGAAAUACGUUUCCCCUUUAAUGCUACUAACAUUGCUAAUUGCUAGCAUUGUGAAUAUGGGAUUGAGUCCUCCAGGCUAUAAUGCAUGGAUCGAGGAGAAGGCAUCAGAAGAAUUUCUGAGCUAUCCAAUGUGGGGGAUGGCUGUCUGUUUCUCUCUGAUGGCUCUUGCAAUACUUCCUGUCCCGGUUGUUUUCGUCAUUCGUCGAUGCAACCUCAUAGAUGAUAGUUCCGGUAACUUGGCCUCUGUGACGUAUAAGAGAGGAAGAGUCCUGAAAGAGCCUGUAAACUUGGAAGGAGACGAUGCAAGCCUCAUUCACGGAAAGAUACCGAGUGAAAUGUCAUCUCCAAAUUUUGGUAAAAAUAUUUAUCGAAAACAAAGUGGUUCCCCGACACUGGACACCGCUCCCAAUGGACGCUAUGGGAUUGGGUAUUUGAUGGCAGACAUGCCAGAUAUGCCAGAGUCAGACUUGUAGCUGAAAUGGAAGCAGAAGCUGUGUGUGAUUCAUUUUUAUAGAUGAGCGUUGGUUCUACUAUGAGAAGCAUUGGGCUUCACUUAUCAGAAGGUGAUCUCAGGUGUCCAUGGCUGUGGUCUUUAAUUCCAACAGUGUAAGGCAGUCCAGGAAGAGCAUUCCUCAUUUUACAUCUGCACAGAGAUGAUUGCAAACAAAGCUUACAGUGACUGAGGUCAUGUUUUGCCAGGAUUUUUUAAAACAAUACUUUUGGCAUAUUUUCAAGUAUUUCUAUCUCUUAAGAAAAAAAAAAACAGGUGUUACCUCAGUUUCUAAUAAUUUCUGGAUUUAAUAUUAUUGGCAGUUUUAAAAUCCCCGGUAUAUCUUACAAGCUAUAAUUUCGCCUUCAGGGUGAGUCCCAGUAUUACCAAGAACAGUUGUGUGAAUUCGUGCCUCUCAGCGCAUUUUCAUGAAUACGUUCUGUAGAUAGGCUGUACUUAUUUAGGCACUAACUGAAGAAAACUGCAAAGUAUUUUCUUAUGUGAUAGCUAUAGAGAGCAAUAGAAUCAAAGAAUGAGAAGGCACUGGGGCGGAUGACAUGUUAGUCAGAGGUGACAGAGGAUCACAUGGGAUGUCUGUAUAUUUUGUGUAAAAUAGGUGGGUGAAAAUGACCUAAGAGAGAGUUGCUCUACACUCUCUAGAAUUAUGCAGACUCUGCAUUUUUCUAAUGCCGUGUGCCUAAAAACCUACUUAAUAUUUAUUGUGGUUUCGAGAUCAUUUAUAGUAUAUUUAUAUAAUAUACUUGCAAUGUAUAGAGAUGUGUAUUGGGACUCUAAGUGCUGAUUUGGAAACUUGAAGCAAGAUAGUAUUUGAUUUCAUAUAUUUCUGUUUUGCUUCAUUUUAUGCAAAUACAAAUCCUUUUUUUAAGUGAUUGUUAAAACUGUAUGGCAUUACAUUUUAACCUACAAAUAAACAACAUUUAAACAAUGG